AUGAAGAAAGUCAUCUUUUUUAAGUUUGCCAAACAAUUGAACGAAAGCGAGUGGAGAGAAAAAAUAGGAGGAAAAGAGAUUACAAAAGGGAUGCUGGUGAGGAAUAAUUUUCCCUCUGAUAAUUACUACUUUUUGAAAAUUAAGGAUAAAGUUGUUUGUGAAAACAAGUUUGUUAAUAUUCUGGCUCUUCGUAAAAAAAAAAAAAGGGGUGAUUAUGAAAAUUUGUUUACUCGUCAAACUAUUUCCAAUCAACCCUGUCUCUUGCGGCUGGAAUAUGAUUGCAGUGACAAUGUAAAUGAUGAUUGCAACCUAAGGGCUGUUCUUUCCGACGGAAUGCUUAAUUUUCGCUUGACUCAAGAAAUAGUUUUCAACACCACUUAUGAGGAUGACGGUGGGCGAAUAGAAAUACGAGGGACUGUGGAAAGGAACGAAAGUAUUGGUGCACUUGAUAUGUAUGAUUAUGGCGAGAGUGGAGACAGUUUCCCUUCCGGUUCAAUAUCAUUUCAAAGUGUGCGUGAGAGAGAGAAUAUUGAUACCUCUUCUCACCAUCUCUCUUUUUUUAAAUCUGGCCUAAACCAAACAGAAAAUUCCUUGGGAAAAAUAAUUGCUUUAAUAGGCUUAGCAAUAGUGGUAGUGGUUGGUAGCGUUAAGGAAAUAAUUAUUAUAAUGAGAAAAUGUUCACAACGCUACCGCGAAAUUAAAGACCAAAUUCCGGUUAAUAAGCAUUAUGAGUUAACUGAGAGUUUAGUUUUUCUUCAAAAUAACAAUCGCGAAAAAAUUAAAAAUAUUAAAGUCAGUUUUGCCUUAAGUCAAUCCAAGCAAAAAACCAUCAGAGCAAGCAAAAUAAUUCUUCCGCAUCCAGUGAAGAAAGAACGGAAAAUUGUGGUGGUAAAAGAUAAUUUACCGGACGAUAUUCUAGUUAAUUUACCUCAUGAUGAUAAUAUUGUGUUGUUGACCAUUGCGGAGUUACAACAAAAAAUUACUGGUCGUAAAAAAUCCCAAUGGGGAUUUACUAAAUUACUGGCUCAUCCUGCCAGCGAAAAACAAAUUAAAUCCCUAGAAAAAAUUUUGGGACCGGCUGGUUUAUAUCCUGCUCCAAAAAAAGGUAAUUUAACUGAAAAUAUUAGGGCAGAAAUAGAAAAAUUUAGCCAGGGCGAGCAAGAAAUAAAGUCUGAUAAAUCCGGAAAUAUCCAAUUAGUUAUGCCAAAUUCCGAAAAAGUAGAAAAUUUUUUAAACCAAUAUUUAGAAACAUAUUAUCCUAGACAAGAAAGAAACAGCAUCACUGAGUUGAAUUUUUACGGCGGAAAUUUUACUGCAAUUUUAAAAGGAGAAAAAUUAGAUUUAAGCGAUUUUACUAGUUUAGAAAAAUUAGAUUGCAAUGAAGAUUACAUUACUGAGUUAAAUGUAAGCAGAUGUUCGCAAUUAAAAAUACUUUUCUGUUGCGGAAACCGCCUAGAAAGUUUAGAUUUAAGCGAAAACCCUAAUUUAAUUGAACUCGAUUGUUCUUUAAAUAAAUUAACUGCCUUAAAUUUGAUUAACAACCCCAAGUUGGAAAUGGUGGAAGUGCAACUUAAUUUCAUUGCUGCUAACCUAGAUGUUUUCUCACACUUAACCGAAUUAAGAGUAUUGAAUUUAGCAAAAUUUAAUAAGAAAAACAAAUUUUCUGGUUCCUUACAAGCCUUAGAAAACUGUCGUGAUUUAAAAAAACUUUAUCUUACUUGCCAACCACAAAUCGAACAAGGUUUAGAAUAUUUACCUACUGAAAAAUUAACUGUUUUUGAAUAUCGAGGUAGUGCUUUUGAAGAUGUAUUAAAAAAUUUUGAUUUUGGAGAAGGUCAGGAAAAACGUAGUAUUCUAGCCUCGGUAUUGGCUGCUAGAAGUCCAAGCAAACAAGCCCAAAUUACUGAGACUUUUGAAGACUUAUUUCGAGCCGAAAAAAAUAACAAAGAUUUGCAAAGAGAAUUAAGUUUAAAAGAAUAUAAAAUUAUUGCUUUCAAAGAAUUGAUAAACCAAAACUAUGAUAAAACUUUAAUAUUAAUAUUUAUAGCAGUGGUCGUCAAAAUUAUGAGCAGCAAAAAUAAAAUCACCAAUAUAGUUCAGGAAUUAGAUAAUUUAAGUUUGGGAGAAAUUGACGAACUGAUAACUAAUAUUAAAGAGCGUUUCAACAUCCAGGAGGAAGUAAUGGUGGGUCCAACAACUUCUAUAACCGAAACAAAGACCGAAGAAAAAGUUAUUAAUGUUUCAUUGAAAUUGACUGGAAUAAAAGAAGGGGCGAAUAAGAUGCAGUUUUGUAAAGAAAUUGUGAAUAUUAUCAAGGAAAAAAAAGGUGAAACUAUUAAUCUUAUUCAAGCGAAAAACCUACUCGAAGAAAAAAAAACAAUUUUGGAAAACAUUCCUCGCCCCGAGGCCGAAAAAAUCCAAAAGACCUUGGAGGAAAAAGGGGGGCUAAUAGAAAUCAAAGAAAAGUAUUUGGGUCUUAAUCGUUCUCCAUUGUUUCAAGAUUUACCAAACAAAGAUUUUGGGAAAGAACAAAAAUUAUCAUAUGAUAAUUUUUUUCGCACUGGCUUUGAACAGUUGUUUGCGGCUUAUUUUCCGGCCGAGUUUAGUAAUUAUAAUAAUCAAAUUCGGUGCGGAGUUGGCAAAAUUACUUACGAAGAACCUAAAAUCAGCGAAGAGGAGUCUCGCAUUAAGGCUCUAACUGAUGAUGUUAAACAAUGGGUCGAAAAAAGUUUCAAAAUCGGUAAGUUUGUUUGCCAGGAAAAGAUCCAAGAAAAAGAAGAAAAACUAAAAAUAACUCUUAAACUCUUAGAGCGACAAGAAAAAAACUUAAUUGUCGAGUUUCGGUGUGUGGGCGAGAAGAAAAUAAAUUUUUGCCAGUUGCCUAAAAUUACGGCCCACGGCAAUUUUAUCAUCAACGGUCAUGAUAAAGUAGUAGUUUUUCAGUCCGUGCGAGCUCCCUCGGUUUAUUUUUUUACUGACGAAAAUCAAGAAAUUUACGGGGAAAUUAUCCCUUUUAAAGGUCCCUGGCUUAAUCUUUCAUUUAAUAAGAAAAAAAAUGGUAUCGUCGAGUUAAGGUUCCUUAAUUCGGGAGUUACUAUUAACCUUUUAGACUUAAUGAAAACUUACCAAAUAACCCCGGAGGACCUGGGUAAAUUAUUUGGUCAAGAAGAUUUGAAUAAAGAAGACUAUCCUAAUGCUCAAUCUCUCGAACCGGGUAUUGAUUUACCUCAUUUUUUAUUUAACCGACCUAAUUCUUACUUUGUUUUUGGUAAUUUAGGGCGGAAAAAAUUCAACCAAAAGUCUAGUCUGUGGCGGCAAGUAUCAGGACAAAUCUUAGCCGAAAAUUUAUAUGAUAAUGAGGGGGAUUUAUUACUCUCGCAUGAUACCAUUCUCAAUGAAAAAAAUCUUGCUAUAUUAGUCAAGGCUUACCAAGAAAAGAAACUUGUUUCUCCCUUCUUAUCUCCCGAGAUUAACAAUUUAUACCUUCUAAAAAUAAAAGCCCCCCAUCAGUCCCAAAAAACAAUUCCCGUAGUCGGAUUCGCUACCGACUUAUCCGAAGAAAAAACUUACUUUGACUUGGCUGACUUGAUUUGUGCGGUCUCUCUUUUUCUUAAUUUGCGUUAUGGCUUAGGCAAGACAGAGAAAGAAGAAGAUAAAGACAAAUUAGAAAACCAAGUUAUUCGGCGAGUAGGAGAUUUAUUUUACAAUCUUAUCGAAACUAAAUUAGGAAAUUUUGGGAUUUUGUUGCAACAUCUUUGUAAUACUUCCCCAUUAUUCCAACUCCAAAAUCAAAACAAUCCCUUAGCUAAGGCUUCUUAUAACCAAAGAAUCAGUGUCUUGGGCCGGGGAGGAUUUAGUUCUUCAACCACUACUUUUUCGGCUCGUAAUGUUGGCCCUUCCCACCUGGGGCGCUUAGACCUAGUGGAAACUCCCGAAGGGCAAAAUGCCGGUUUGGUCCGUAAUCUGACUAUUCGCACCAAAAUAAAUGACUACGGUCAAAUGGUAGUUCCUUACUAUCCGGUGCAAAACGGCAUCAUCGUGGGAAAAAUAGUUUAUUUAACUCGGGAAGAAGAUUCUUCUUUGGCUGUUCGGGCCGAGAAAGAAGGGGAAGUUGUUUACGUUGAUAGCCAACAAGUUAUCGUCAAAGAAAGCACCGGAGGGAAAAAAAUUUAUCACUUGAAACAACUAGUAGCCUCCAACAAAAAUGUUCUGGAUUUUUCGGUGCCUCGAGUGAAAAAAGGCGACCAUGUGGCACCCGGACAAAUAAUUGCUAGUGACAAUUGUAUCAAAAACGACGAAUUAGCACUAGAAGGCUAUAAUUUCGAAGACGGGGUAGUUAUCAAUGAGCGUUUAGUCAAAAAGGACAUUUUAACUUCUUUUUUCGUUAAAAAAUAUACUGUUAUUCGUUAUGAUACCAAAUACGGCGAAGAAAUUUUCACUAACCUACUUCCUUAUUUAGAUCCGAAGAAAAACCAUCCCAGAGAAGCCCAAGAAAAAUUGGCUCAUUUGGAUGAAGAUGGUAUAGUUAAAGUUGGCAGUCGAGUAAAAGAACGUGAUGUUUUAGUGGGCAAGCGAACUCCCCAACCACGGCCCACUGACGAAAGCGAGGAAGAUUCUUUAUUACUAAGUUUGUUGGGCGAGGCUUCUCGCAAUUUUGUUGACUCCUCUCUUUAUUUACCAUCCGGCGAGAAAGGUGAAGUUUACGAAGUGCAACGCAAAAAAUUAACCAAAAAUAAGAAAGAAUUAGAAGUGGUAGAAGUUUACGUGGCCCAAGAAAGAAAAAUUGAGGUAGGCGACAAAGGAGUUAAUCGUUACGGGGGGAAAUGGACCGUAGCUAAAAUUGCUCCGGCCGUUGACUUACCUUUUGACGAGGAAGGAAAAACUUUUGACCUUCUUAUUAAUCCUUUGAGUGUUCCUACUCGCCUUAAUAUCGGACAAUUACUGGAAACUAUUUUGUCUGAAGCCUCCUUGCGUCUGGGGGAAAAACUACUAUUUCGGCCUUUUAAUACUCUGGCGCCUAACACCAUUCAACAAAUAAUCCAAGAAGCCGGAAUAAAAGAUUGCGGAAAUCGCCAACUGUUUGAUGGCCGCACCGGCCAACCGUUUGCUAACAAGAUUUAUACUG